UGUGGGAAAGGGUAAUGAAAAUUUGGGAAUCUUCUUCUGUUCCUAUUCCUAAUUCCUAUUCCACCCUUUUGACAGGGUUCAUGUUCCUCUCACACCAUCAUCAUCGCCACUACCAACCCAACCACCUCCACAAUGCCAUAACAUUCUAACUUUUAGCUUAAUACAAUAAUAUCCAAAAAAAACCGUUAUUUUUUUUUGUUCUGUGUAGCUUUUUGGAGUUGUAUCCUCCUUGAAUUCUUCACUUGAUAAGUUUUUGUUUCUGGGUUUGCUUGAUCUUCCCAAAGGGUCCAGCUCCUGCAUUCUGCUAAGGAUUGUUGAUACCACAAAUCAUUGCUUUUUAGUUGUUUUUGUUUCCCUUUUGUUUGGUUAAUUGGGAUGUGGAGAGAUCCGGGAGUUCCAGCUGAUUCUUUCUAUGAAAUCCGCCCCGAAUGCACCGAUGUUCCCGUUACUCGAUUUAAGAUCAAGGCUGGUAAAACACUAAGUGCAAGAAAAUGGCAUGCUGCAUUUACUCCAGAAGGGUAUCUAGAUAUAGGCAAGACUCUAAGCCGAAUCUACCGUGGGGGAGUCCAUCCAUCAAUUAAGGGAGAAGUUUGGGAAUUUCUACUUGGUUGCUAUGAUCCCAAGAGUACAUUUGAGGAAAGAGAUCAGAUAAGACAAAGGCGAAGAAUGCAAUAUGCUACAUGGAAAGAAGAAUGCCACCAAUUGUUUCCUCUUGUUGGAAGUGGUAGAUUCGUCACAGCACCUGUUAUUACUGAAGAUGGUCAGCCAAUUCAAGAUCCAUUGGUGUUGAAAGAAACAAGUCAGGCCAAGGGAUUGGCUGUACAUCCUCAAUAUAAUAAUAGUCCUUCAAGUAUGGAUGCUGCAAAUAAUUUAGCAAAGGUGACAGACAAGACAGUAGUCCAGUGGUUGUUAACUCUCCAUCAAAUAGGUCUUGAUGUGGUUCGCACCGAUAGGACAUUAGUUUUUUAUGAGAAGCAAGAAAACUUGUCGAAACUAUGGGAUAUUCUUGCUGUUUAUGCUUGGAUAGAUAAGGACGUUGGCUAUGGUCAAGGAAUGUGUGACCUAUGCUCCCCAAUGAUAAUUCUUCUUGAUGAUGAAGCAGAUGCAUUUUGGUGCUUUGAGCGUUUGAUGCGCAGACUUCGAGGCAAUUUUAGAUGCACUGAGAGCUCUGUUGGUGUGGCAGCUCAACUAAGUAAUUUGGCUUCAGUCACUCAAGUAAUUGAUCCAAAACUUCACAAACAUUUAGAGCAUCUUGGUGGAGGUGACUAUCUUUUUGCUUUUCGAAUGCUAAUGGUUUUGUUUCGUCGAGAAUUCUCCUUUUGUGACUCAUUGUACCUUUGGGAGAUGAUGUGGGCUCUAGAAUAUGAUCCUGAUUUGUUCUUGAUGUAUGAAAUGCCUCAAUCAGCUUCUGAAAAGGCUGAGGGCUCAAAAGGGAAAACAAAGUCAAUACGUCAAUGUGGAAAGUAUGAGAGAGAAAUUGUGAAGAGUGGAGCAAAAAAUGCUGAAGCACCUCUUCCUAUGUCUGUUUUCCUUGUUGCUAGUGUAUUGAAAGAUAAAAGUGCAAAACUACUCCAAGAAGCACGAGGCUUGGAUGAUGUUGUCAAGAUUUUGAAUGACACAACUGGUAAUAUAGAUGCCAAAAAAGCUUGCUGUGGGGCUAUGAAACUUCACAAGAAAUAUUUGAAAAAGGCCAAGAAACCCUAGCACCAAAUACAUCCAAAUAUCCAAUGAUUCUUUUGUAGUGUGUUGUAUGAUACAUGUGUAGCUCCCUGGGAGUCAAUAAUGGAGAACAUAGGACUUUACAGAAUUGAAAAAAGGGAUUCAAAUAUCCAACCUUCAAAAUCCCUGAACAAUUGUUGUAUGUGAAAUCAUUUCUUCUUUCUUUUGUAUCCAUAAAAGAAGUGAGAUUGUAUAUUAUAAAAUAUGAAAACAGAAUUGUUCUGUACAACCAUCUAUUUGUACUUUGUUAUUGCAUAGAGGAAACAGGUCACAGGGAACAGCCAUUCAUUUCGA